AAGAAGGAGCCGCGGAGACUCUUGGGAGGUAGAGCCCGCGCCGGAGUGCGCAAGCGCAGAUGGCUCGCCAGUAGUCGAAGGUUGAUAGUCUCCAGCUGGAAUGGAUUGGGAGCUGGAAAAGAGAAGUCAGGGACAAGAAGAGGCUAACAUGACUGGUACCAUUAUAAUUUAGUGAACCGCCCCUUUUCUAAAGAGGAGCCCAAAGGAAGACUGGUCAUCUCUUGCAGAUCUCAAAACCAUGGCUCAGGGAUCAGUGUCAUUCAAAGAUGUGACUGUGGACUUUAGUCAGGAGGAGUGGCAGCACCUGGAUCCUGCUCAGAAGAUGCUAUACAUGGAUGUGAUGUUGGAAAACUAUUGCCACCUCGUUUCUGUGGGGUGUCACAUGACCAAGCCUGACGUGAUCCUCAAGUUGGAACGAGGAGAAGAGCCUUGGACAUCGUUUACAGGUCAUACCUGUUUAGAAGAAAAGUGGAAAGCUGAAGAUUUUUUAGUGAAAUUCAAGGAACAACAAGAUAAGUUUUCUAGAUCAGUUGUAUUAAUCAACCACAAAAAACUGAUUAAGGAGAACAGUAGUGCAUAUGAAAAGACAUUUACUUUAAGCAGAAACCCUAUUAAUUCAAAAAACCUACCCCCUGAAUAUGACACCCAUGGAAAGCUUUUUAAAAAUGUUUCAGAAUUAAUCAUCAGUAAUCUAAGUUCUACAAGAAAGAGACUUAGUGAGCAUAAUGGAUUUGGGAAAUCACUCCUCAAUACUAAGCCAGAGACAGCUCACUCUGGAGUCAAAUCCCAUAAUCAGCGUGGUAGGACUGUCAGUCAUAAUGAAAUGAUUAUGCAGUAUCAUGAGAUAGAAACUUCAGCACAGUCAUUUGGAUAUAAUGACUGUGAGAAAUCCUUCCUUAAAAAAGGAGGCCUAAUUACACAUAAUAGAGCUUACAGAAGGGAAAAACCAUCUGAAUAUAAUAAAAGGAGAAGAACAACCAAUAUUGAAAAAAAGCAUAUAUGCACUGAAUGUGGGAAGUCCUUCUGCAGGAAAUCAGUAUUGAUUCUGCAUCAGGGAAUUCACACAGAGGAAAAACCCUACCAAUGUCAUCAAUGUGGAAAUUCAUUUAGAAGGAAAUCAUAUCUCAUUGAUCAUCAGAGAACUCACACUGGAGAGAAACCCUUUGUUUGUAAUGAAUGUGGUAAGUGCUUCCGCCUAAAGACAGCCCUCACUGAUCAUCAGAGAACACAUACAGGGGAGAAAUCAUAUGAAUGUCCACAAUGUAGGAAUGCCUUCAGAUUGAAGUCACACCUCAUCCGUCAUCAGAGAACUCACACAGGAGAGAAACCAUAUGAGUGUAAUGACUGUGGGAAGUCUUUCCGCCAGAAGACAACACUCUCCCUACAUCAGAGAAUUCAUACAGGAGAGAAACCCUAUAUUUGUAAAGAAUGUGGGAAGUCCUUUCACCAGAAGGCAAAUCUUACUGUACAUCAGAGAACUCAUACAGGGGAAAAGCCCUAUAUUUGUAAUGAAUGUGGGAAAUCCUUCUCCCAGAAGACAACCCUCGCUCUUCAUGAGAAGACUCAUAAUGAAGAGAAACCUUAUAUUUGUAAUGAGUGUGGAAAAUCCUUCCGCCAGAAGACAACCCUUGUGGCACAUCAGAGAACACAUACAGGGGAAAAAUCCUAUGAAUGUCCUCACUGUGGGAAGGCUUUUAGAAUGAAGUCAUACCUCAUUGAUCAUCACAGAACUCACACAGGAGAGAAACCAUAUGAAUGUAAUGAAUGUGGGAAAUCCUUCAGUCAGAAGACAAAUCUCAAUCUACAUCAGAGAAUUCAUACAGGAGAGAAACCCUAUAUUUGUAAUGAGUGUGGGAAGUCUUUUCGCCAGAAAGCAACCCUCACUGUACAUCAGAAAAUACAUACAGGGCAGAAAUCCUAUGAAUGCCCUCAGUGUGGCAAAGCCUUUAGCAGGAAAUCAUAUCUCAUUCAUCAUCAAAGAACUCAUACAGGAGAGAAACCAUACAAGUGUAAUGAAUGUGGGAAGUGCUUCCGCCAGAAGACAAAUCUCAUUGUACAUCAGAGAACUCAUACAGGGGAGAAGCCUUAUAUUUGUAAUGAGUGUGGUAAGUCCUUCAGUUAUAAGAGAAACCUUAUUGUCCAUCAAAGAACUCACAAGGGAGAAAACAUGGUAAUGCAGUAAUAAAUGAUGUGAUUUCUUUGUGUAGCUUUUUUAAGUUAUUGUAAAACUUUAGUUUUUUUAAAAGCAUGCUUAACAUGUGAAUAAGGUAAUUUUAAUCACAAAUGUAAUAAUAAUUAUUAAUUUAAUGUACUAUACCACAUAACUAUUUAUCUACUGUUUACUAGCAUAUGAAAUGGAUAUGAUCAUUGAUAUUGAACUCUUAUCAGCAAUGAAGCUAAUUUUUUACGUUUUCAAGUUCUCCUGCUGACUCAGUUUGUUUUUUAAAAUUCUUAUAUAAUACAUGCAGAAGCAAGAUACCAAGUGGUUUUAAGUAUCAGUCUCCAUAAGAGGAAGAAAUUAUGAAGUAUAUUUCUCAUUGCACUCUGCGGAAUAAAAGUUAGUUGUUACUUCCCCAAAGAUUACCACUUCCCUGGCUUUUAACAUGAAAUAGUUUUUGCAUGUCUUUAAACUUUAUAUAUAUUUUAUUAUACAUUACAAAUUCUUUUAUGUCUUGUUUCACUCAACACUUUAAAGAUUCAUACAUUAUUGCAUGUGGCAGUAGUGUAUUCAUUUUCAUUCUGUAUACUCUUCCAUUUUAAGAAUAUACUGCUAUUUAUCUAUCCUCUUGAUGGAUAUUUGUAUUUUUUAUAAUUUUGUGUUGUAAUAAAAAUACUGCU